GGGUUUUCAAAUUAUUAUACAAAGCAUCCUUUCAUUUCAGCGCUCCAUGACGAUUGCGGUGACUGUAGCGAACGAGCGGGAGAUCACUUUUACGACAUUACCGCGAAUCCACCCGUUCUCGGGCGAGUUUUAGGGUGAAUCACGCUUGCGCAAGUCCAACAAGAGGUGCCGGAGCCAGAACGACGUGCAACAACCAUGCGAGCUUUAGUUUUCGCCAGGGCCUCGUCGCGAAAAAAGGGCUGCAUCCCAGAAGUUCAUCCGUUGCAUCCCGACACGUUGCCUCGUGGCGCGAAUUAUCCGUUUUAACGAGGACGAUAAUGCACUUGGAUCGUAGAGAUCACGUCGCGAUCUCCGGAGCGGCGAUACCUUAUCGUCGAAUAAUUAAAUGAGAGUGAAAGGGGUGUUUGUAUCGUUAUCAAAAGCGGCUACUUUGCAUUUUAUUCUAAUCGUGCUGAAUUCGUUUCGUGCUUAAAUGUAUUAUGUUAUAAAUAGUGUGCGCGCGCGCUUCUUUAACUCACUGUUUAAAUAAAAAUUAUAUUUCAGCUGUCUUCUUUCUAUAUAAACUUCGAAAAAAUCGUGGAAACUGUGUAAUCACGUUUGGGAUUAAUCCAUGAUCGAUGAAUUUAUUAAUUCUUUCUUAGCCGAGCGACGCUAAGUUUUGACGAAGGACCACGUGAGGUGUACGCGAAUGGAGGGAAAGACGUAGCGGAUCGAACGAUAAGAGAGUCGCCAACGAUCUAUGACGACUUGCGAAGUUUCUAGUGGCUGUAUGGCAACGUCCACGGUGACGGAUCAUCAUGAGAUCGUCGAGAAAGUUUCCCCGGACCUUUCCGAAUGCAUUUCUAUGAACGUUUGCCCGCCGAGUAACUUCCCAGACAAGUUUCAAGAUUUCUUCGCGGCACUUACCGAGGAAGGUGACGACUUACCCAGCAUGCUCGAGAACAAGCUUAUACCGAAAAAGUUAGACGGCACAAGCGUGGACGCGAAAAAUCGACGAUGGAGCAAGAGGACUGUCCAGAGGCGAAGCAGCGAGGUGGAGGUCCGUCUGCAUCGCACCACAUUGUCCGGAUCUCAGGGUCACAGCUGCACGGAUGGAUUAAAAUCGCCGAUCCCCUCCAGACGCAGAAGCUCGAGCAUCGCGGUUGCCAGACCCACGCCGGAUUUGCAUAGAUUUCUGCAAGCGGAAGCCGGUCCCUGGGGUCACCUGUCGCCAUCGGCCAGAAGCCCCACCAGGACACCGGCUUUAAGUCCCGGCGCCGUAUCGUCCUCGUCGCAUUUGAGCGCGAACGCGAGUCCGAGCGGACCCAGUCCGACGAGUCCUUCCGGUUCGGCGGCCGGAAUUCGCGGGUCCAGCCAGUAUCGCAACAGGACCAGCAGCAUGCCGGCGGUUCCACGGCACAGGCCAAUGCUGGCCGAUACGAAACGCAGCAACGCAACGGGUGGCGAGGAGGGCGAGACUGAAGACGGGGUGGAAUAUUACAGGCUACGAUCCUUCUCCAUAACGGCGAAUGGGGUUUUCAACUUGGGCGAUUCAUUAAAGACGCGACGCAGCAGGAGCAUUAACAGCGUUACUUCGUCCACCAGUUGUAGUAGCACUCGGGAGAGCAGACUGCUCAGUUCGGCCUCGCAGCUCUCCGACAUGGAAACGGGGGAGGAAGCCGGCAAUGAACGGGUGACGACUUACAAAGUAGGCAUGCUGGGCGCGUCGGAAGUCGGAAAAACCGCUCUCACUGCACAAUUCACUACGAGCGAAUACAUUUGCGCUUAUGAUGCUUCCCUCGACGAGGAAUACGGGCAGAAAAGCGUCUCCGUGAUGCUCGACGGUCAAGAAACGGAAUUGGAAAUCAUCGAUCAUCCCGCCGCGGAAAUGUCAGUCGAGACCUUUUGUUCGACCUACAAUCCGGACGUGUACGUGGUUGUGUAUUCGGUAGUGGACAGAAGGAGCUUUAAAGCCGCCGAAGAAACAUUGCUCUAUUUGUGGAAGAGCGAUUACAUGGCUACUCACGGUGUUAUUUUGGUCGGUAAUAAGGUCGACCUCGAAAGAAAGCGGGAAGUUCCGUCAGUGGUCGGUCGCCGGCUGGCGAACAACUGCGGCUGCAAAUUCAUCGAGACCUCGUCGGGUCUGGCCCAUCACGUAGACGAGCUCUUGGUCGGCAUUCUGGCGCAGAUCAAACUGAAUCCGCAGCGGGAUCAAGCGACCAGGCACCGUCGGAGCAAGCACCGCAGGCGUAUCCUGAAGCAUCUACUCGGCUUCAAGAGGAAAACCAAGAGCUGCGAGAACCUCUUCGUUCUCUAACGUACCUCAUGCCUUCGCGCACGGCGAAGAUGAUGAUUUCGCCAGAUAACCGGAUAUCUCGUCGAGCGAUUGUCGACUCAAUCGGCCCGAGAAAAAAAAACGUGCGCUAUCUACGACAAAUCUUGUCGAUCGUGCUCACGUAAACGAGAAGCGUAUCUGAUAAAAGCCGAAUCGGCAGCGCGAAGCAGAAAUAUCGAGCAGGCUCUCGUAGCCUGCCAAUUGUAGUACAGAGAAGUUCGCGCGAUACGUGACGAAAAAAUUGUCGGAUUUUUGCAGGAAAAUAAAACAGGUAUCGCUUCAUCAUAUAAUUUCGAAGUGAGUUUUUUUUAUACGUCCGUACGUGACGCGCCGGAUUAUUAAAGCAAAGAGGACUAAUGCGAAAUUCUGUUGCGAAACGCACAUUUACAUGCGCGAAUAAUGAUUUUAUAAAAGAGUGCUAAUGUGUAUGUAUUGCGUCGUACUUUUCUCUCUCCCUCUCUUUCUUUCGUAUAGAGAAUAAUUAUAUUUCAUCAAGGGCUAUUUUGAUGUUUGUGUCAUCUCGCGUGCGGCUUUAUGCAAUGCUGCAAUUCAUUACGAGGACAAUGUGACACUGAAUAGAAUAAGCAGGACGAGAGAAAUAAUCAUCAAUGAGUAAUGGGAUAUACGAUAAAAAUUAUAUAUGUGAGAUACAUGAAUUCUGACAGCUGAGUUAUCGCAAUCACGAGAGGAAAUGUGAUUUAUCGUAAUACACGUGGCAUUGACAAGGGGAGGCUACGCGCUGUCCUUUUUGAUCGAUUUCUAUGAAAUUUGCAGAGAAAAAUGAUAAACAAUAUUAUACUACCAAUAUAAAGAUUAAAGAUGAUUUCUUAUGCGCUUAUAUAACUACAGGAACUGACAUUAAACAAGCAUAGUUUAAUAGUAUAAUGUCUUAAAAGUAUAAUAUUUUAAAUGCUAGAUAAUAUAUUUGUUAAAAAUAUAAUUAUAUACUUUCUUAUAUAUUUUUCUUUCUUCUUUUUAUUGCUUUUUCAUGAUCAAGAAAAAAAACAUAGAUAAAAAAACUUAAACUAUUUCCAGCUCUACUCAAAUCUGCAAACAUUAAUCAUACAUCAAGUAUAUCUCUUUUAUAUCUCUUCCUGUAAAUUUAAGUAAUAGAAAUUGAUGAAGAACAGCGCGUAUAAUAUCGCAUUGGGAGAUGAGAAACUGACAUUUAGAAAAAUUUCGCAAAGCUUCGCAUUUCCUCGCAUUUUGCAUUUGUAUUUGUGCUGUACUAACGGUCUACUUGGAAGAUUACCGUAAGCUCAUUUUCUCUUCCGAAUGUAUAUAAAUAAGCUACAUAUAUAUAUCCGAUAUAAUCUAGAUUAAUGUUUGUAAUAAUACGAUCGUUUAAUAUAAUAAUAAUAAUAAUAAUUCUAAUAAUUACAGCAGUGGUAAACAAGAAAAUCGAUCGCUUUGCCAUUUGAAAUGCGCGAGAGGAUUAAUCGUAAUAGAAACACCAAUUUACACAUACACAUUACGUUGACGGCUGUCUAGCGAUGGAAUUGAAUCGAAUUUACUCGAUUAACAGAAUCAGAAGAGAUGUCAUAAAAAACGGAAAUUCGUAGCAGAGUUCUUUCGAAAAGAGAAUCUGUCUUCAGAUCCAUUGCUUCAUCAACAAUUUUAUGAUGUACGAAUCUUUUGAUCGUGAGCUUAUUCGGACUUUUAAAAGAACUUAUCUGAAGACUUAUCUGUUUAAUUGUAAUUUAAGGAUACACUCUUGCGUGCACGCGCUAAUGUUUUAAAUAUAAUGAGCAUAUAGGUGGGAUCAACAAACAUAACCGACCAAGCAAGCGAUGUUUUGUUUAUAUAAGGAGACAGCUUUGCCGAGUUGCGCGAGAGAGAUGCGAAAUUAUACAUAUAAAAAAAAAUUUCAGCUACGGAAUUCGCAUUUGAAAAUAUGUGAACGAUCUACCUGUUACUUAUCUACGUUGAACUGGUAUCUGUUUAAUAUCGAUAUCACAUAUGGGGGGGAACAUAUCAUGUAACUACGAGAGAUGUAAUCUAUCGGAAUUACGUGUGCUGGAAAAUCUCGAAAUUAAAUUUAUCCUUACAAAUGAACAACGUAGUUGCUCGUUUUUCUAAGACCUAAGAAAAUUCGAUAUUUUGAAUACAAUUUAUCGGCUGUACGCGCAAUUUCUGUUAAAAUCGAUGAAAAAUGAAUGUUUUAUAUGGAUUUUUAAUAAAUUUUUUUCUUUCCCUCAAUUU